CACAAAAUGUCUGUACAAAUGUCGGAAAUGUCAAAAACCUACCAAUACCGCAAAGUGAUGAAACCAAUGUUGGAACGUAAACGCCGUGCUCGCAUCAACAAAUGCCUGGAUGAGUUGAAAGAUUUAAUGGUGGCCACAUUGGAAUCGGAAGGUGAACAUGUAACCCGUUUGGAAAAGGCCGAUAUCUUGGAAUUAACUGUAACACAUUUACAAAAAAUGAAACAACAACGUUUGGCCAAAGCCUCCAGCGGUGCCAGCAAUACCAUGUCCCAAUCGGAAGGUUUCCGUUCGGGUUACAUUCAUGCCGUCAAUGAAGUAUCACGUUCGCUAUCGGAAUUGCCAGGAGUUAAUGUUAGCUUGGGCACACAAUUGAUGACACAUUUGGGACAGCGUUUGAAUCAAUUGCAGCCUCCGGUGAAGCCAUCUCUGCCCUUGAGCACCCCAUUGUCUGUGCAGAUUGCCGCUCCCACCUUCAAGGGUCAAUACACUGUACCAAUUUCACCUGUAUCCAGCUACAGCAGCAGUCCCAACUCAAGUGUGGGCAGUGAGAAACACUCGAAUUCCCUGUUGACCACUUGUCCCAGUACACCAGCCAUUGAUGUGACCAGCAUUGAUGUCGACGAUGAGGAUGAGGAAAAUGUAUGGCGUCCUUGGUAAA